UUCAAUGUGGUUACACCCCUGUCCGUCCGUGCACCGAUUCCGAUAGUACCGUCAACAAACCAAACGAAAUGUGUGUCGUCCGUAGUUGUGGGUUACACCGUUUCCGACGAAAGAAACGAGGUCAUGUCGUGUAACUGUGUUGUUCCUGGUUGUGAUACCAUGAAUAAAAUGAGAAGUAACCUACUAUUCCACGGUUUUCCUACUGGUAAUUCUAGGCUCUGCAAACUAUGGCUUGUCGCCAUGGGUUAUAUGCCGACUGACAAGCAAAUGAUGAGAAAAGUAUGCAGUGAUCAUUUCUUGAAAUGUGAUUACAAACAUACUCGACGUACGAAGGGAGUCAAGCUAAAGCAGACUGCAGUCCCAUCAAUUUCCCCACAGAUUACGGUUCCUUCGAGUCGAACGGGCGCUGUGGCACCGAAUCCAUCAGUUCCAGCCAGUGCUUUGGGCCAGCAGCCUUCGGAAACGGGUAAAGCCGCAAAAAGACCAAGUGAUAUAGUGGGGAAAGAAAACACCAGCUGUGGAACUGAACAGAGUUCUUCAUCGGCGGAGGGAGACCAGACACCGGUAGAAGACAUUGCCAGUCCAUCAGCCAGUAACGUAUCCGCUCUGCCGGUCCUUGUGGAACGGACCACGUUGCAUCCCAGCCGCCUGCAUGAGAAUUACUGUCGGUCUGGGAGCAUUCAGUGGGCUGAGGAUGCUUGGAAAAAGGCGAGCAGUGAGAAUUUGUUGGAUGGUCCAUCGAUGGACAACGAGGAGCAGCAGCCACCAGAAAUAAUUAAACAGACGGCAGGUCUUAAUGCAGGAAAUGAAAACGCCGGCUGUGGAACUGAAGAGAGUUCUUCUGCGGAGGGAAAACAGAUACCAGUAAUGCACGUUCCCAGUCCGUCAGCCUGUGAUGUCACGGAUGUGCCAGUCCUCGUGGACGGGACCCCGUGCCACCCCAGCCGCCUCCACGAACAUUACUGUCUGUCGGGGAGCAUCCAAUGGGCUGAAGGCACUUGGGAAAAGAUGAACAGUGAUGACAUGAAGAAGGGUCCAUCUCCGCCCAUCCAGAUGGGCUUGAGGUGGCAGUGGCUCUGUCUGGACGUGAAGGGGCCAUUGCCGCUCACCCACGACGGGCACACGCACAUCCUGACCGUGAUGGACCUCUACUCCAAAUGGGUGGAGGCCUACCCCAUGAGGUCACUCACCGCCCGGGAGGUGGCCCUCAACAUCCACGCCCUCAUCUGCCAGCUGGGCUUCCCUCACCAGAUCCUGUCCAGGUUGAAUCCGGCGUUUCUCAGAGAGGUGAAUCGGGCCCUGAAAACACACCUGGCUGUGGAGGCCUGCUCUCUGGUGGUGUACCGCCCUGACACCUGCACCCUGGACCUGCUCACUCAGUCCUACAUUGACAGCAUGGUGGUGGAGCUGGUGAAGGUCCAUCAGAAGAGCUGGGACGUUCAGCUGCCUGCGUCUCUGCUGUCUCUGCGCUGCCGGGAGCACCCCAGCACCCACUAUAGCCCCUUCUACAUGCUCUACUACAGAGAGCCCUGCACAGACCAGUCCGGCAGCAGACCGCAGCCCCUUGUGGAGGAUCAGCUCGACGAGGAACGCACUCCCACAAAAUCCCCACGCAGAGCCCAGGGGCAGGGCUCCCAGCUUUCAGGUGCACAUACGGCUGAGCCCACGUCCGCGCUGGACCUGCAGGACGUGGAGGAGGUUCUGGUGGUGCAGUGUGAGCGGUGCUCCGAGUGGGCCUGGGUCCCUCAGACAGAGGAGACCGCCGUCUACACCUGCGGAACCUGCCGGAAGGUGACCCAACGCAGGGGGGAGACACCGCCCAAACCGGAGGGGGCGAGGAGCCCCCCGCGGACCGGCCCCACGCGGGCGGUAAAGUGACGCGGAGCGCCGUCGCGUGGGGAAAAGACGGCCGCCGGCUUCGCGUGGUCCUGCCGGCUUAACUCGGGUUUAACGCCUUCGUCGGUGUCGCGGGGCGGGUGGUGUGAUGUCACGGUGGGCGGAGCCAGCCGGUCGGGUUGACUGACUGGAAGGGCGUCGCUCUGUCACAGCGGACACUGGCUCUCUAUUGGCUGAGAGCUGAGACAAUCAGAAACAUCCAAAUGGAUACGUGUUUAAUAACACUAGUAGUCGGUUGAAGCGGUCUACUCGAGUGCGGAUUCGGUGUCCGACAGAGCAGUACAGGGCCUGUUGCCUUGGUGACACUCGUAAGGAGCCAUGAGUUGGUAGGCUUGGGGCAUUUAGAUCAGAAAUCGUUGCCUGUUUGAAACAUUGUACACAUAUCAAUAGUGUAUUAUCCGUUGGGGAAUAGUGAAAUGAUACAUCUCCCUAAAUCUACGACUGAAUCUACGUCUGUUCAGCAAUAUUGAUCACAAUCCAUCCAAGUUCCAUUUCUUCUCCCAAAGGACAUGAUCAUAUAUCCCAUGUUUGCACCAUUCUUUGCAGUGUAGUUCAUAAACAAACUUCUUGGGACAUUGCAAGCGUCCCCUGUGCUAUUGAUCACGUUGGGUUCAUGUCAAAUGCAAACUUGGGUAUUUCUGUUUUUUAAAUGUUUUAUCCAAAAAACGAUGGAUUUGUUCUCAUGUUUCUAAUUGGUCAGUUAUACUGAAGACUGAAUAUUUUAUACAAACAUUAAAACCUCAAAAAAUCAUAUUUAAGACAUUCCACUACCAGCCAAUGAGCAAAACUAAAUGCAGGCAUUUUCUCAGUCAGUUGUGAAGUAGCCAGCAUAAGUUGUAAAACAAUACAGGGACAUAAAACUCACAACUGCUGAAUUAAUUAUACAUUGUCCAGAUAAAUAUCUUCCUCUUCACAAACAUAGCAUUUGCCUCCCCCAAUAACAAGAGGUAAAUUGUGUGUCAGUACCUACUCGACAGGAUCUGUCUUUUGUACAUUUGCCUUAUUGAAUUGAAG